GUGCAUAAACGGAGUAUGAUUGAUAAGACAUGCUUCGAGAUGUAACUAGGGAACAUGUUGAAUUAGCGAAAGCGACAGGGGGCUCCAGUACCUGUACAGAGGCACAUUGGCCACGAUUGGGAUACUCACAGAUCUGUACUUUGCGCUGAGGAAGAAGCUUGGGGAAGUUGUGGGGACUCCAACAUACCAGUCUCCCAGUCAAGCCACGUAACGAUCACCGAAGCUACGCUGUUCCUGUCUCCAAUCCUAAAGUUACAACCGAGGCAAAGUCCCUGACAAGCAAGGUAGGGUACCGUGGGUACUUAAUAGGUUGUUCUUCUACGUCUGGAGCGAUAUCAACAACUCGCCUCACCAACCACUAGACAUACCCAAGCAAAACAUCCUGUCAUAUUUAUUUCCUCCCGAUAAACCGUUGUCCAACAAGCCGCUAUGGAUAGACGCGAGAGAUCCAUCCGUCAAUUUAUCACAGGCGCAAAUGCUUUCCUGGAUCAAGAGGUUCGCCCUGGGCCUUGAUAAGCUCGGCAUGGAAGAACAGCAAGCAGUCAUGGUUUUCACUCCCAACACGUUGUUUGUGCCAGCGGUAUACCUUGCAAGUGCAGGCUCUAAGCGCUAUUUCACUGGCGCCAAUCCCAUCUAUACAGUGGGCGAGGUUGCACACCAGAUGAAGGCCAUCGAGGCGGCCAUUGUGCUUAUCCAUCCCUCUUUGUUGGAUACUGGCAUCGCGGCUGCAAGGCAGGCCAACAUACCCAAAGACCGCCUGUUCAUCUUUUCUGACACAGAAGGUCCCACCAGAGGCGGUGUUCGAGAUUGGCACUCAAUGCUAGCCACAGCAUCCGAAGCUAAGUCGUGGCAAUGGGAUCCCCUACAUGGCGAAGCCUCGUUGAAGACCAUUGCCGCAAUCAAUUUCUCCAGUGGAACAACCGGUCUGCCGAAGGGUGUAUGCAUCACACAUCGCAAUUUGAUCGCAAACUCAGCUCAAUCAAUCUUCAAUAAGUACGAAGGCACUCAGUAUUCAGCCGAUAAUCCAGGUCCGGAACGUUGGCUGGCUUUCCUCCCAUUAUAUCACGCCUACUCUCAGCUAUGGACCAUCAACAUUGCUUGCAGACUCAAGGUCCCGGUAUAUGUGAUGGCAAAAUUCGUCUACGAAGAGUUCCUCAAGUGUAUACAACAGUACAAGAUCACUACACUCCAAUCAGUGCCACCAGUCAUUGUCAUGUUGAGCAAAAGGCCAGAAACUUCAAAGUAUGAUAUCAGCAGCCUACGGCAGAUCCUCUGUGGUGCUGCUCCUUUGAAGAGCGAGUUGCAGAACGAAGUCUGCAAGCGGUUCAAUGUGAAUAUUGUUCAAGCCUGGGGAAUGACUGAGACAACAUGCGCCGGUAUAAUGAUGCCGGGAACGAUCCAAGACAAGACCGGAAGUAUAGGAUACCUUCUGCCCAAUACUGAGGCUAUGUUGAUUGACGAUGACGGAAAGGAGGUGACGAAAGAUGGUGAGCCAGGCGAGGUAUGGCUUAGAGGGCCUCAAAUGCUGCUGGGUUAUUGGCGAAAUGAGCAAGCAACAAGAGAAAGUAAGACAGCCGACGGCUGGUUCAAGACUGGUGAUGUUGGGGUGUGCAAGGAAGGCAAAAAGUGGUGGAUUGUUGAUAGGAAGAAGGAGCUCAUCAAGGUUAACGGGCUCCAAGUUGCUCCUGCCGAGCUGGAGGCCGUCCUUUUGGAGCAUCCCGAUGUUGCAGACGCCGCCACGGUUGGUAUUACGAUUCACGACGAGGAGUUUCCGAGAGCGUAUGUUGUGGUUCAGGAGCACGCCAAGGGCAGAAUCACGGAAGACGACAUCAAGAAAUUUGUUGCAAGCAAAGUUGCCAGGCACAAGUGGCUGGAAGGUGGCGUCAAAUUCAUCGACGAAGUACCAAAGCUGGCGAGUGGCAAAAUUGUGAGGAAGUUGAUGAAGGAGUGGGCGAAACGUGAUGCAAAGGAGGUCGAAGGGCAGGUCAAAGCUCGAUUAUAAGAACAGAAUGACCAGCGAGACUCUGGGCUCUGCAACGCCGGUCACCAGGGAUGAAAUUAUUGAUUCAUCCCAUACAAGUCCUUCUCGACAUAGCGAUAUGAGGUGGUGCGAAAAGGUAUCUGCGGCUACAAAAGCGCAAGGCUGCCGGAAAGAUGGGACUGCGAAGUGAGAAACGCCAACAACAAGAGAUCGACUCAUUCAUUGUCAA